AUGGAAUUCACCGUUUCUAAGUGGCAAAUAGCUCCGAUUGAAGACCCAGCCAUACCACAAGAGUUUUAUUUCGGUGAUUGUGUCUCCAUCGUUAUGAAUUGCACCGAGGAACUGAUCCAAAUUACCCCUCAGUCAAACCCAAACUUUUCUUCGACUACAACUACAGCCAAUAAAACAAUCUUGGUUUCCUCAAAUAUCCUAUGUAGUUGUACUCCACUCACAGUUACAGACCUUAACAGAAAAGACACAAUCUUAUUACAUAAAAUCUUUUCUUCAGCGCCGGUAUCCUCUGAGUUAUUGGACCAAAUUUUACCUGACAUAGGCAGAAUUGCAAGAAGGAUUCUAAGGCGGCGCCAUCAAGGGUGUGACUCCUACACGCCGGAGAUUGUUGUGAACCUUCAUGUUACCACGCACAUUAUUGUUCAAGAUUCUGAUAUCUAUGAUGAUGAUGCUGAAUGCGCUAUUUGCUUGGAGAAGUUUGGCGAUGGUAAUGAAGAUUCAAGUGUAGGAGUUGUUCGCACAAAUUGCUCGCAUGUUUUCCAUGAUCGCUGCAUGCUCUGCUGGCUCCAAUGUUGUGACAACUGUCAGUGGCCGUAUUCUUGUCCAUUGUGCCGCUGCAUCAUAUUUCCAACUUCACAUAGUCACGAUGAAUAG